AUGCUUCUCGGUGGACUCGGUAUAAAGUGCUCGGUUGCCGAUGCACGAGGUGAAGGAAAUGCUGUCGAUACGCCAUGCUCCAGAUGUAGUUCAUGUAAUGUGCUUUGCAAUGCUUCUGUGCAGAACUCAUCAGAAUCGAUGGUGGUUGAAAAUCCUCGGAAAAUCUCGACGGUACCAGUGAUUCUUGAAUUUGCUCCUCCCAUAACACCAAAGCGAACAGUUAUUUCAACCAGAACCAAGAAGACAGCCAUCGAUAGUCAGGCCAGCCGGAAAUCUGCUCGACGAAGUACCACGAAGGCUGCCAAGAGAGUAACGCUGAUUCCCGUUGAAAGUCCGCUCAUGGGCAGUAGCUCAGGAAGCUCUAACAAGACAACGGGACUAAGAGAAUCCCUAGUAAAUGUUGGAACCAUUGAACCAGAUUCUAUUCAAUCAACUGUGAGCGAAGUGACUGAAUGGAAUGGUACUGAGAGCGAGAUGAAUGAAACUGGAAAAAAUGGAAUGUCGAGCUCAUUCCGUAAUCCUGUGAAUUCCCAGAAUCCUCGUAAACGUAGAAGAAUUCCUGGUCGAUACACGCAUGAAGAGGGACUGAUCGUGGAAAUUUUGACAACCACCUAUUUUGCGCUCUCAGUGGUGUGUCUGAUCGUAUUCGCGUUGAUCUAUUUCCGGGUUAUUCUGAACAAUUAUCCAGUUGAUUAUUAA